AUGGAUAUUAUUCUCGAAUUAUGGGACACCUUCAUUGGUGAUCGCCUCUAUUCCUCGCUACUCCCCGCGUCGCUUUCUUCGUCCGUUUCUUUCCCGGCGUUCGUCAAUGCAGCCAACAGUUCUCUGGCCCUCUUUGGCGCCGCGGAACCUUUUGUGUAUGAACAGGCGACACAGAUGAUCUACUUGGAACCCUCCAAGUACGCUUACUUGAGUGCUUGGCCGAGAAACAACAUGUACCGCCAAUUCACCAGCUUCUUCCUCAUUACCUGGAUUUUUGGUCUUUUGGUCUACUUCGUGGUCGCCUCGCUAUCAUACAUUUUCAUCUGGGACAAGACAACCUACAACCACCCCAAAUUUCUCAAGAACCAGAUUGGAUUGGAAAUCAAGCAGGCCAUGGGUGCCAUGCCCCCAAUGGCUCUGUUGACUGCCCCAUUCUUCGUUCUUGAGGUCCGCGGAUACGCCAAACUCUACGAUACCGUCGCUGAAGAGCCCUUCCCAUUCUACAGUCUCAUCCAAUUCCCCUUCUUCAUCUGCUUCACCGAUUUCUUUAUCUACUGGAUUCACCGCGGUCUGCACCACCCCCGUGUAUACAAGACCCUGCACAAGCCUCACCACAAGUGGAUCAUGCCCAGUCCCUACGCCUCUCAUGCUUUCCAUCCGCUCGACGGCUGGUCCCAGAGUGUGCCUUACCACGUCUUCCCCUUCCUCUUCCCCCUGCAGAAGAUGGCCUACGUCUUUCUGUUCGGAUUCAUCAACCUGUGGACUGUCUUCAUUCAUGACGGCGAGUACGUUGCCAACAGCCCCAUUGUGAACGGUGCUGCCUGCCACACCAUGCACCACCUGUACUUCAACUACAACUACGGCCAGUUCACUACUUUCUGGGACCGUCUUGGUGGCAGCUACCGCAAGCCCAACGAGGAGCUCUUUCGUCGCGAGACCAAGAUGGGCGACAAGGAGUGGCAGCGUCAGGCCAAGGAGAUGGAGACUAUUCUCAAGGACGUUGAGGGAGAAGACGAUCGCAGUUACUCGUCCGACAAGAAGAAGAACCUCUGA